GCAGAGCCGGAGGGAAAAGCAGCUUGGAAGUCAGCUGCAAUUUUUUAAAAACCUUGCCUUUAUUCACCGGUAAUGAUCUUCAAGUGCUUGGACUUGUCUUAGAAGCUGUUUUGAAAGUAACAUGGUUUAGUCCACUAACUGCAUGUUGGGUAAAUUCAAAACCCACAUGCUCGUCCUCUUGCAGUGGAAUAAGUCACAUCUGAUGGACAUUUUCUGUGCUUAUAGCAUAGUAAUGAACGUCUGACAGGCACGACCUUUCAUAAGACAACCCACACUAUUGGCUUUCUGCCCAGAAUAUUGCUGCAACACUAUCUGUGAUUGGUUAUCUCUCUAUCAUGCAUUGCUUCACAAGGGGAAACGGCCCCUUUUUUUAAUAAAUCUACGAUGGCUGGCUGCGAUAUGCUUCACUGUUGGUACUAAGAAGUGCCUUUCCUGACGUCUCUGCUGCUUGGACCCGCUUCUAGAGCAGUCUCUGCUUUUGCCUUGCUUGCUGCCAGCUAGACUGUGACGACAGCACAUCCACCCUCCACCUCUAGCCCAGACACCCCCAUUUCUACUUAUAAUCAAGACAAAAGCUCUAAGUAUCUGGCAUUGCCCUAGGCUGCUUUAGUUUUAAAAGAAAAGUUUGCUGAAAAAGUAAGAUCUCUUCUGCCAGGAAAUCAAGGAGGAAAAAAAAAUCAUUUUCUCGAUUUGCUCUAAACUGCUUCAUCUGUCUAUGCCAAACUAAUCAAUACCGAUUGCACCACCAAACUCCAUUGCAAAUUCAGCUGUGAGGAGAUUCCCUUUCAGACAACUUUGCUGAAAGCAGCUUGGAAAUUCGGUGUCAGAGGGUCUGCCACGUUUUCAUGCUUGCAUUUUGGGCUCCAAAUUGGCACUGGGAAGGGGUUACUGAGAGCACAAGGCUGAUUCGAGGCCCUACUUUUAAACAUUCAUCUACUUACGAGUCUAGUAUUUCUCUAAAAACCAAAACCUCUUUGAAUUAACAGUUUCAUGCUGUGAAUUUCUAGUGGGAGAUCUUUUCCUUGAUAUUGACAACAAAAUUUUCCAUGUACUUUUAAAGCAGGGAGUGGGGAAAAAAAGUAUUUUGGAGGGGACAUUUUCAUCAUCAUUUUACAGUUUUAUCAGUUCAGCUUUUUUUGGGGGGGGGUUGUUGCUGUUUUUUUUUUUUUUUGUGGGGGGGUUGGGUUUGUUGGUUUCACUGAAAAAUUUAACUACCUGUAAAAUCUAAACAUGGCUGUUAGUGUCACACCAAUUCGGGACACAAAAUGGCUAACACUGGAAGUAUGUAGAGAGUUCCAAAGGGGGACUUGCUCACGGCCAGACACGGAAUGUAAAUUUGCACAUCCUUCGAAAAGCUGCCAAGUUGAAAAUGGACGAGUAAUCGCCUGCUUUGAUUCAUUGAAAGGUCGUUGCUCCAGGGAGAACUGCAAAUAUCUUCAUCCACCCCCACACUUAAAAACCCAGUUGGAGAUAAAUGGGCGCAAUAACUUGAUUCAGCAGAAGAACAUGGCCAUGUUGGCCCAGCAAAUGCAACUAGCCAAUGCCAUGAUGCCCGGUGCCCCAUUACAACCCGUGAACUUAAUGCACCAAUCAUUCCAAAAAAGAGGGGGGGAUUGCAUUUCGAGGUGGGAGGGAUCUCCAUAUCACAUCGGCAGUGAUACCAAUUAUCAGUACUGUACAGUUGAGCCAAUGUUUUCAGUUGCACCAAGCUUAGCCACCAAUGCAUCAGCAGCCUUUAAUCCCUACCUGGGACCUGUGUCCCCAAGCCUGGUUCCAGCAGAGAUCUUGCCGACCGCACCAAUGUUGGUGACAGGGAAUCCUGGGGUCCCUGUACCUGCGGCUGCAGCAGCUGCCGCACAGAAAUUAAUGCGGACAGACAGACUUGAGGUAUGUCGAGAGUACCAGCGAGGCAAUUGCAACAGAGGAGAAAACGAUUGUCGGUUUGCUCAUCCUGCUGACAGCACAAUGAUUGACACCAAUGACAACACAGUCACCGUGUGUAUGGAUUACAUCAAAGGGAGAUGCUCCCGGGAAAAGUGCAAAUACUUUCAUCCUCCCGCACAUCUGCAAGCCAAGAUCAAGGCUGCCCAAUACCAGGUCAACCAGGCUGCAGCUGCUCAGGCUGCAGCCACCGCAGCUGCCAUGACUCAGUCGGCUGUCAAAUCACUGAAGCGACCCCUCGAGGCAACCUUUGACCUGGGAAUUCCUCAAGCUGUACUUCCCCCAUUACCAAAGAGGCCUGCUCUUGAAAAAACCAACGGUGCCACCGCAGUCUUUAACACUGGUAUUUUCCAGUACCAACAGGCUCUAGCCAACAUGCAGUUGCAACAACAUACAGCAUUUCUCCCACCAGGCUCAAUAUUGUGCAUGACACCCGCUACAAGUGUUGUUCCCAUGGUGCACGGUGCUACGCCAGCCACUGUGUCCGCAGCAACAACAUCUGCCACAAGUGUUCCCUUCGCUGCAACAGCCACAGCCAACCAGAUACCCAUAAUAUCUGCCGAACAUCUGACUAGCCACAAGUAUGUAACCCAGAUGUAGAAUUUUCAUCACUAAACAAUCAUACUAAAGAGGAAAGGACAGUGUGCUUGGUUAGAGUAAAGGACGAGGUCAUUAGCCAUAUUGUAUAUACCGUCAAGCAACACACACAAAACCCCUCAGCCACAAGACAGCCACAUUUUGCAUGUUAACCAGAAGAAAAGACAACAUGGAAAUCCACUGCACACUGUUGCCUAUACACUUUGUACAUUUAAUUGAUAUUUGUGCUGAGGUGAUAUUCCUGUCUAAAAGAACAACAUUGUCUUUCUUUUCUAGCACAGAGUUAUGCAUUAAGAUAUGCAUACCUAAUUAGUUUCCUAUAUAUUCAUGCCAUCUGGAAAAGACAGACUAUGGUGUAACCAUGAUUCUCUUAUGUAUUGGUACGUCUGUAGACCAAGAUAUAAUUUUUUAAAAAUAGUUUAUUUCUUUCAAGGUUUACAAUAACAAAGGUGCACCUUUAUUUAAAAUUGCCAUUAUAGACGAGAGCGUGCAUGCACAGUCAUUUUUGUUUAAGAGUAAUAUUUUUAAUGUAAUAGAUUUUAAGAUGUGGUGAGGGAGGGAUCUGACAGAGAUGAAUGUGCCAAGCAAAACCACAACUGUGUAUCUUUUAAAGCACAUCAUGGCUUUAAGUACCAUGUUGUUAAGGAUUCUCAUGAAGUGCCAUAGACUGUACAUCAAAUUAGAGUAUUAUUUCUUCAGUGUUAUUGUUUUCAGAGCCACAUUUUGUUGCUUAUUUGCUAGUACUAAUCAGUCAAAGGGCACCAUUCUUUUUUUUUUCUUUUUUCUUUUUUCUUUUUUUUUUUGGAAACCAAAGCUGUCUCAGAAAUGGCCAAUUUAACUCUACAGUAACAAUAGACAGCACAACACAAACUCUCUCGAUACAGAUAAACUCACACAUACUGGAGAUAUAUAUAAUAGAUAUAUAUAUAUAUAAAAUUAUUUUAAUGCAUUGUAGUGUAAUAUUUAUGCAUACUAUACUGUAUAACAUGUUAUUCAAAAGGGAUAUGCCAUUUCUGAGACACGUUAACAAAAAAAAUGUUUGAGGAAAUUAUUUUGCUUCUAUUUAUAGCUCUGUCAAAAGUCAAAAGACUAUAAAUGCUUUGCAAAAAUGGUUUCACAUUUGCUUAAUGCUUCAUCACAGUCACAUUUAAAAUAGUGACUCUAAACAAAGAAGAAAGCAGCACUGUCAUCAGAUGCAUGAUAAACCAAAAUAUGAAAAUGGGAAAUGUUUAAUUAACCUAGUAAUUGGGUGGGUUAAGUACAUGGGUGAAUUUUAUAUGUGAUUUGUUUUGUUUUGUUUUGUUUUGUUCAGAUUAACUGCUUAUAGCCUUAGAAAGCCUUCUACAAAAUUAAAAAAAAAAUAGAUGUGCAUUCAGUUUUUAAGAAUGGAUUCAUCCAAAGGAAUUCCUUUUUCUGUGGUUUGGAUGUUGCAGCUAUAGCAAAGGAUAUUUUUGCUCUGUUCAGCAGUUCUAGAAAUUGCUGAAGUAGGGGCUAGGUCACUGGUAGUUAUAGUAUGGAAUGGGAGAAGCGAAAGUUCGGUUAUAGAACUUUCCAUACUUCCAAGUUUACUGCAAGUUUUUAUGCUUGAGAGAGAUGCUUUCUAAUAUAAGACUGAUGUGUUGAUUUUACUGAUUGUACUGUACAUCUAUUAAAGCCUUAGAUUAUUACAUUACGGGUUGGAACCCAUACCAAUGUAAUUUCAAUCAUGUUAAGAGAGUAAUGGUGACUUCACAUGUUAUUGUAGUUAGUUACAUUAUAGAAUACUACUUAUUUUUCUUGUUAAAAUGUAGUUUUUCAUUUCCUACAUUUAUUAGAUUUCAUUUUCUAUUAACAAUUGAAUACCAUUUCAGUUUAUAGACUAUUGUUUUAUUAGAUUUUACCGAUGAAUUUUUCAAAAUACAAAAAAAAUUAAAGUAGUUUUUCCUUCAUAACAUACUCAGUUUUGAAUUACAUGUAGUGUCAUACAAAUAUUCGUAUUAUUGUUAACUAAAUGAUUUAUAUUUUACUGAUUUAAUAUUAAAGUGUAAGAAUGUCAGUCAUUGUUAGUUCUUGUCUAGUUUUCAUUAAAAGAACAAAGAUCUUUUAUAUGGAUAUCUUAUAAAUAUAUAAUCAUUGCUAAGUAAGAAGUUAAGUUGUUGCUAUCGCAACAAUCCUGGCAGACAAUUGAGUAAUAUUUUGAUGAUUUAUUUUGUUUGUAAUUAGUUAUUAUAAGAAGAUCUAGAUCCUAGAUAUUAGAAUAAAAUUUAUUUUCUACUGUAUCCAUUUCAAAUGUUAAAGUAUUGUUUAAUAUUUUUGAAAUCCCUGAAUAUCAGGCCUUGUUAUAAAUAAGCUGCAUAAUCAAUAAAUAGAACAAGGGACUUUUUGUUGAUAAUCCAAAUACUCAAAGUUUACGUAAUGAGAAUUAUAGCGUGUGUGCAAACUCUUGAGGGUUGAUUAUGCUGCAAUUUAGCAUGUUGGAACGUCUAGAGAGAAGGUUGACUUUUUGCACUUCUGUAUAUAGUCAAAAGAGAGAAACCUGUAUAAUAGUAAGAUCUUAUUUUGAAUAAAAACGUCUAUAAUUACAAGGAGUUUUGUUAAGGCUAAUAAAAUGACAGACUGAGCAAAAUUGCUUGCAAAAGUGGCACAGAGUUAGCACUCCAUACCCCUUCAAACAUGUUGCUUUGCUUUAUUGUGGACAGCUUGUAGUUUGCCAGGAUUUUUUCAGCUGGAAAGAUAUGCCAUCCUUCCGAGAUCUCAUGACUGACAAAAACUCCAUUGGGCCAAAUCUGCCUGAAGAUCAUUACCAAAAAUAGCAGGUACUUCAACCAUUAAGGUGAAAUCAUGGAUCAGAUAUUCCGUACAUUUUUCGAAACUACUGCAUGUUUAAAACUUUCAACGAAAAAAACAAAAAAAAAAAAAAAAAAGAGAGAACUAUACUAAGGACAUAUAUGAUACAAAUCAGUUUCUGCCAAUUUCAGUGGUUUAUUGUUCACAAAAAAAAAAUCUUCAAAACAAGUAUUGACUUUCACAAAAUUUAAACCAUAAGCAGGCAAACCAAACAGCACACCGUAGCUAUAGUUGUUAUGUGAUUGUUUUUUAAUUGCCGUAGGAUCCUGUUCUUUCAGCAGGUGAAAAAAAAAAACACAGUUCAAAUUUCACGGUUUUAAUUUUCAACUCAGAAGCACUCAAAAAAGCAAAUAUGGUAAUUAAUGGGCACUUGUUUCAUGAAUUUGUGUAUCCAGCCUUCGUUCCAGCUGGCUAUCAUGUUGCACUUACCAGCAACCCUCCCGCUUUCAUCUGCUGAAAGGACAGAUGUGCUUGGUUUUACUAUUAUGUAAUCACAACUUACUUUCUGCUUGUAGUUGCUUAAAAUUAUGUAUUUUGUCUUGGGCUGCAAUUUGUUUUAUGCUUAUUUUAUUAUUACUGCAGUAGUUGACUUUGCUGUAUGGAAAAAUAAAGUGAAAUUGCCCUAAUAAAACUUCUCUUUCUUAAGUAUAUUUGCGUA